CAGCAGAAACAGCAGCCCUUGCGGCAGCAGUCACGGCAGCUGGAGGCGGCGGGAACGAGGUUUAGGAGGCUGUCCACACCGCAUCAACAGCAACUGCAGCAGCAACAUCCACAGCAGCAGCAACUGCCGUACUGCAACUCGCCAUUGUACCCCCCGGCGGCGGUGUCGACUUCGUCGUCGUACUUGUACGGUUCGCGGUCUGCGGCGAUGGGUCCGACCCACUGGUGCCCUGUGUCUGUGGCUGCUGCGGGCAGAAGGUCUGACUCCACCUGCACGGGCCACCAGGCCCCCCAUAGCAGCACCGGCAACAGCGGCUUCCCCUCAGCUGCCAGACACUCAGGCGGAGGCGGCACCACCGCUCCCAUCCUGCGCACACACAGUGCCCUCGCCCACACCCGCCCCCGCAGCGGUAGCGGGGAUGAUGGUAAUGGCAGUGGCAGUGGCAGUGGUGUUGUAGGCAGCAGAAGCAACAGGACCAUUGGAGGAGGAGCAGGGGCCCACCUGCAGGCGCCUCCUGCCACCCGUUGCUGCUGGUCUUCCGGCCACCAGCAUGUGCAGCUUGCGGAGAAGAAGACCGCAGAGCAGUUGGUGCGGGAACUGCGGGAGUUGUUGCAGCAGCAGCAGCAGCAAGCUCCAGAUCAGCAACAACAGCAACAGCAGGCGCUGUUGCAGCAUGCUUUUGAGGACGCUGUCGUGGCAGGUGCAGGUGCAGGGGUGCAAGGGGCAGUGUCGCCCGGCGCAGCAGCCGGGCAGUCGCAGUCGCAGGCUAAGGAGGAGGAAGCGAAGGAGGAGCAGGUCCCGGCGGGGCAGCAGCAGCGGUACCCCCAGCAACAGGUGUCUUCUGGGGAUUUGGUGGGGGCGCUGUGGCGGCUGGUGCAUGCGAAGGACGCGGAGGCGGUUCAGUUCCUGCUGGGUGUGGAUCCGAGGAGCCGGGAAAACCGGGGCAUUGCGGGGACGCUACAGGAGCUUCGGAGCUGGAUCUACGUCAACAUGUGGUGAGGAGCAUGUGAUGGAGGUGAGGUGGAGGGAGCUGUGUUGGUGGGGAUAUGGCAUACGAGAUGAGGACUGAGGCUGGGGCCGUCCAUGAGAGGGCACAUCGGUGCGUGGAGGGGGUGGUGCUGAUGUCCAUGUGGUGAAGAUGAAGGGGCUCAAAUGCAACCCAUGCGUGCAGAUCUAUGUCAACAUGUGGCGAGGAAAGUGAAAUGCAGCCAAUGCGUGCGGCCCAUGCUGUUGCCUGGCGUGGCUCUGUUUCCGACGUGCGUGCGUCCGUUGUUGUGUGUUCCUGUUGAACGGCCGGUACCAUAUUUGUACCAACUAGCAAGAAAGGCCUUGAAGCAGCAUACAUGGGAUUCAACAGGUUAUGUGUGUAAGAUCUGCCAUCAAAGACGUGGUUCGAAACACCCAAGCAGGAAGAUGAUGGUUUCUAUGGUUAACUUACGGUUGUGUUGGCUGGUUGCGGUCCAGGAGAUAGAAGAGAAGGCGGUGUUGAAGGCUCUGACGGGCUCUGACAGGGGCCGUGAGCAGCAGAAUAACCCUGCAAGGCCUGCUUUUUCACAUCGGGGGGAAAACGUUGGCGUUAACGCUAAUUGAUGAUAUGGCUCCUAUGGCUUCCGAUUUUAUACAUGGCUUCGUUAGUAAUAGGUGGUGGCUUGCAUGUUGUGGUUUGGGUUUAAUUGCUGGGCAUUGCUAUUGCCAAGCUGCCCUAAAGCGAUUAUUUAGUUCAAGCGAUGCUUCAGUACUGACUACGAUGAAUGGUGUCUUCGUAAGAUGAGUCCUGAUAAAGAUGGCUUUACAAUAAUGGGUCAAGAAGUGCUGUUUUUUGUCAUCUUGUUGGUAACUGGCACAAUACAGCGCGCGCAUUUGCGGUACGACAAGCCCUACUACCGCAUCUAAACCUGUUGCCGUACAUUGCUUCUUUGCAGAAAGCUUCCGAUGGACUUGUUGUUCCUUGUUUGUGUAUGUGUUGCAUGCGGUGCGACUGUUGUGAAGUGCCAGCUUAAAGGUAUUUUGCCUUUCCUUUGUUGCUGGAUUCGAAAUUCGGAACCUGGAACCCCACAGAACCUGUGGGGACAUUUCCUUACAACCUUUUCGCAUGGUGCGUGUGUUAAAGCGGCGCAAGGGUGUGGUAUGACGUGCGAAUGACACCUCAAACCACACGAUAAGUUUGUUCGCCAACCUCCUGCUGGCAUGAGUUCGGUGCGCUGCCGUACGGUGUAGUACAGGCCGGGCCAAAGGCGGGUGUGGAGCGUUUUUCCUAAAGUGUGUGCAGCAGCGGUUGAUAACAUGGGUUGCUAAGAGUUUGAUUGGAACAGAGGACUGGGGCGACUGAGAAUGGGCAGGAGGAGGAGGCGAGCGAGCGAGCGAGGCGGGGUGCAUGAAAAGGGACGGGGCAGAGGGUAUCUAAGAGGAUUGCACGAGGGGCUGAGGGAUUGCUUCUUUGCAAGUGUAUGAAUUGGGCAAUAGUUGCAGGUGGCCUGGCAUGGGGCAGGGGUCCCAUGCGUGGAGGGUUGCUAAGGAGGGGGCUUGGUGGGACUCUAGAGCGGGCUUGGGUUGGUUUGCAGAGGCGAGGGCCCACUGUAUGUAUGAGCUCCGGUGAGUGUGCGACAGGUGUGUUGCGCGUGCAUUGCAACGCGCCCUGCAUGUGGGCCGACGGGCCGACACUGUAUAUGGGUCGACAUUGUGUAUUGGCGCGGGAAUAUUACCAAGCCGUGCGAACUGUAUGAAGGUAUACGGAGUUGUGUAGGGAAUGCUACCGUUUGAGUGCAUGGGUGUCGCGAGGAGGAAGGAGGGAUGCGUUGUUAAGCCGCACACACUGGACGGGUGUGUGUGUGCCAGGGCUGCAGGUGUGCGUUUGCAUGCGGGGGGGGAGUGGGGAGUGAGCUUUGAGAGGUGCGAUAAUGAGUGCAAAGUGGGUUUAGGUUGGCUAAUCCUGGCUUAAUGUACAAUGUUUUUUGUGAUGGCGGCACGCUCUGGGCUUGUAACGUUUUUCAAAUGUGCGCGGCGUAAGGAUUAGCAGCAGGUAUAGCUUUGGAGGAUGGGCAGCCUUGCUUGGUGUCAGGCCGGUUGGGCAGUUUGGCUCGGUGCCAGAUAAAGCUGGUUGGAAGGAAGCCCUUUUUGUGUCCGAACGAGGUGGGCUUUAGAGAUCGGAGCUAUUUCAGAAGGAGGAGGACGAGGAAGGAAAUGAAGCGGAAUGAAGCGGAGGAGGAGAAGGAAAGAGGCAAGGAGGGUGAGAGCUCUGCUUUGCAAGAUUUCUGGACGUGAAGCGGGAGAGGGAGCGCGAGACGGGUUGAGGUGAGGCUGCACGCGCAGGCAAAGCACUGGCGUGUUGAAUGCAAAACGUAACGUAACGUAUCAUCAGUCUAAUCCAUUGCCAGCGCCAUCCCUUCUUGAACGCACUGGCGGCGGCAGUGGACGCCUUGUUGGACGCCCUUUGCAAGUACCGGUUUAAUUUAUCGCCUGCUGCCGCUUCUGGUUAUUAUCAGGAGUAGGAACAUGCUGCGUCUUAAGCGGCGCAUACCAAAAACCGCCGGGCCCGGAAUAAUUGUGGUGUUAAUCGUGUAAAUGUCGCCGCCUACCGUAUGUUGUGUGUUGGGUAUUGUCCAUGGUCCUCAUAGCGUUCAUUAAAUUUAUAUCUAGAUAUAUCUUGUUGUCGUGGUCCUGGAUUACGGCCGCCGUGAGCCCCGAACAUGGCGUGUGUCUGGUCGCAGCUGGUGCCUAUGAGGUGGUUGCGUAGCAAGACGUGGGUAGCAAGACGUGGGUAGCAAGACGUGGGUAGAACGUUUGACCUUUCCAGCGUGCAAGGUAAGGGUGCUGCGCGUUGGGCGUUGUAACUGGGGCAUUGCUAGUCAGGAGCCUUAAGUGCGGCAUGCGAGCUGGUCUGCGUUUCUGUCCUUGUGUUUCUUCGAGUUGUAGGGUAUCCCGUGCUUCUAUCUUGGCAGGUACAACCCCUUCGUAUGCCUCGCAUGCUUGCUUGCGUUGUAGCUGUUGGUAGCGUUGGUUGGGCUCUACUGUGCAGGUGUGCUGGUGAGAAUGCAGUUUCUACGGGAGGGGGUCUGAAUGACCACAGUGCGACGCACAACGACA